AUGGAUAGAUUAAAUCAGUUGAGGAAUGAGGCGGGUGGAUCUGGCGACUCCACUUUGGAUACAUCCUCUCCUCCAAGCGAAGCAUAUUUAACUGCAAAUGAAAGUUCCAAAUAUUUUUCAUUGUUGGAAGACGAAACUAACUUUGCUAUCUCAAAAGAUGCUGAGAAUCCGGAGCCAGAAACCGCGGUCGCCGAAGACAACCGCAUAAUCUCGAAUUUGUCACCGAUUCCUAAAAAGAGCGACUUAGAUAGUUACAAAAUUGGUGAACAAAUUGAAGCUGCCAACAUAUUAUCAGGGGGUGUCGAUAUUUUUGAUGAUAACGACAAUUCUUAUGACGGCAACGAACUUGUUAUUGAUGAUAAUAUCGCUGAGGUUGAUGAGAAAUUAAUUCCUGAACCAAAAGCUAAUGAACAGAAUGUGGUUCCAUACGUGCAAGAAGAUGAUACUUUAACACCAACAAUUGCUCAUGUGGAGCCUGCAACACAGAGUGGGAAUGGAAAACCUGAAAUUAUACUCAAAAUAGAUAACAAAACACAUUCCCUGAACAAGGGCGACAACAAAAGCAAAGCUCCAAAGUUAAUGUCAUUUGCCAAAAAAACACAUCAAAUUACCACCGAAGAAGUGCUAAAUAUAGAUUCAGACGAUGAAAUAAUUGAACAUGAGCCAAUAACGGGAGAUGUCAAUGUAAAGAGAAAAACGCCGGAGGUUACAGAGAAAACACUUGAGCGAGAACCGAACAAAAUUCAAAAAACUGAUCAUGGAGAAGUCGGAAAGAAAGAUGUGAUAAUAACAGAAAAAGAUUUCGAUAAAUUUUUCAGGAGGAAUUCAGUAACAUAUGAAAACUGCUUAACGGUUAGCUUUGACGGCAAAGAUCCACACAAUGUAAUACAAACUAUUGUGGAAAAAGAUGUUGCGCCCAAGAAAUUGACAAGAAAUGAGGUGUUGUUGGCUGAGUCUAAAGCGAAAUCAACCCACAAACAGCAAAUGUUGCAAGCGAGGCACAAUAAUCAUCCGACCAAAAUACCAACCACAUUGAAGUAUCAGAGUUCUGAAGAUGAUUCUUACAUUAAAAAUUAUCAAUCAAAGUUACAAAUUGCCUACCAAUCUGCGCUUACUGCUAAACGCCAAAAAGAGAGUCCGAUUACAAUUAUUGAAGAUAAACCUGUAAAAGUCGUGUUUAUGGAUUCCAAUGUAGAUUUUAUUCCGUGUCAACUAAAUGUACACGGUGAGAAACUGUCUCCAACCAAAAAGCCAACUCCGGAUUUGGAAACUUUAACACACAGCACAUCUGAUUCUUUAGACUCCGAUAUUUUAGAUACCUUUGAUACAAAGUCACAAGAUGAUUGUAAAAUCAAAAGUAGACAUCAGAGAAAACAAGUAUUGACUCCAGUCGAAACGCCUGAAAUGGAACUUAUUGAACCUAGCGAUCUUGGUAUCCAAAUAUCACCGAAGAAGAAGAGAAAAGUUGAAGAGAAAAGGGAAAGUCCUAAAAAUCAUGUACCAAAGAAAUCAUAUCUCUUAGGCCGUACUGGGAUAGACGAUAACACUAAAAUGCAGGAUGUAGAUAAGAUUUCAUUCAAGGAAACUACAAACCACAAUAAUUCAUUCGGUGGGCAAUUAAAUUCGAUAUCAGCCAUCGACAAUUUGGUUAAAGCUGCAGAGUUAUUGGAAAACCAAGCUGAAAGUAAUAGCAGUUCCAUUAAAUCGCAAGACUCCGAUUCGCAACAAAACACGCCCGCUAAACGAGGAAGAGGUCGUCCAAGAAAAUAUCCCCUUGCAGAUGGAGACGCUGUUAAAAAUAAGGCGCCCAGCCCACAAAAGAAACCCCGAUUGAUUGAUGCCAAAGUCACUAAACGUGAGGAAACUGACGAGGACGACACUAGCGACGAUGAAAUCAUAAAAGAAAACUGGACAAUGGGUCCAUCGCCAAACCGAUCUGAAUCCGACAAGAGAAGCUUUAGAGAGUCACAAGAAUCUGAAACUAGAUCACAGACAAGUAUGUCCGAUGAUAUGGACAUCGAAGAGCUAGAACCAAAAACUCCCAAGAAAAGAAAAUCAAAGGAAAGCGUUUCUAAAGUUACCGCUAAUUCCGACGAAGUUAUUGUAAUUGAAGACACCCCGCUAAAAGUGAAGCCCGAGAAACAUCACGAGUCGAGGAAAUCAACGGUGAAAACAAAAAUCGUCCCAAAACCCAACAACAAUUUAGUGUGUGAAAUUUGUGGCAAAACAUUCAGACAGGCGUCAUAUUUAGCUCAUCACAAAUUGAGCCAUAAGAACGAGGACUUGAAGAGAGAAAGCGAAGCGAGUGUCGUUAAAUCUGUGUUCAGUUGUGAAGUGUGCAAAAAGGAAUUUAGAAAGUUGCAUCAUCUAGUGCAACACAGACUGAUUCACAGUUCUAACUCUGCGCCAACGAGAACACUCAGAAAAAGUUCUUCUGAACAAGGUGAUAAUAAAGCCGCCAAAGAUCUGGGUGGCUCAAAACCGACAGAAGAUCAAAGCGCUGGUUUCCGUUGUGAGCCUUGCGACAAAUCAUUCAGAAAAUUGCACCAUCUCGUUGAACAUAGAGAGACUCACGAUGCCAGACAAAAAGCUACCGAAGUCGAAUCCGUUAAACCUACAACUACCCACCAAUGUGACAUGUGCGAUAAAACAUUUAAGAAACUACAGCUGCUAAAUGAGCACAAAGAUCAACAUUUAGAAACAUGCUCUGAAAAGUCUGACGAUAAAAGUGUCAAAAGUUCAUUGUCGACUAAAGACAUCAUACACGAGUGCUCAUUGUGCUAUAUGGUUUUUCCAAACGAGCAUUCCCUGAACAAGCAUACGGUCAUUUGCCUCAGGAAGAAAAAGCAAUCCGCUGCGAAAGCAAAACAGGCGGCGGAAAAUAAAGAAUCAGAAGAAGCAGAGAAAGAAAUAGUCGAUUCGGAAAAUGCUAAACCUGAAGAAAUCAAAUUGGAAAAUGAUAAACCCGUUCUGCUUGAAAGUGUAGAAUAUAACAAUAAAAAUAAAACGGAAGCUACAACAAAAGAACUGAAAGAUGAUAAACCUCUCGAACCCGUCAAACUUGAACCCGUAAAGGGAUCCGACGAGUCCAAAGACAAAGAAGCCGUCAAGACGUCUACAGCGAUGAACGCUAACAAAGUUUCAAAUCCCCCAUCUCAUAUACCGACCAAAGUAAAACACGCCGCUGACGUUGUCGCAUCGAAACCGGGCAACACUCCGGCCGUCAAGAAAAAGGCACCGGCCAGAGAGAAAGUGGGGGCAACCGUGACGAAGAGGCAAAAGACCGUGAACGCAUCGCUCCCAGUCAUCGACGACGUGAAGCCCGCGAUAGAAUCGAGCGACGAGGAUGAAAUCAGAUACAUGCUCAACCCCGACUUCAAGCAGGACGAGACGACGGAGAGCAGGAACUUCAUGAAGGUCAAGGCGAAGAAGCGAAACUCCCUCCAGAUCGAGCGACCCAGCUCUAGGGACCUGAUGAAGAGGAGGAUCUCCUUGCAGCACCCGCCGAAGAUAUCGCGUCUGAAGGCGAAAUCGGCGGAGAAGAAAACUAACGCGCCCAGUGCGUCUGUGCCAAAGGCGGCGGCCGCCAAAGUUGAGGAUCCAGCGCCGUCCACGGACUCGGAUGACAGCGAUAUCAAAUAUUCCUUCCCGGUAGCAAUCGGAGAUCCCGUCGACGCGGCGAGCGAAGCCGAGAAGAAGCCGCAUAAGAGAAAAUCACUCGCGGCGAAGAGGAAGUCGCUUAGUGGAGUCGCCAAGAGAAAGUCUCUGGGGAAAGCGAUCAACUCCAAACACAAAGUGAACACGCCGCCUGCGAAACAAGUAAAAAAACGCACAACGGAAGCGGAGCACCGGUGCGACUGCGGCCAGCUGUUCAGCAGCGCGGCGUUGCUGUCGCGCCACACCACGCUGGACCACACGCCGCCGCGGAUCCGCCGCCGCCGCUCGCCCUCGCCGGCCGCCAAGCCGGCGCGGGCCGAGCGGGCCAGGCCCUCCGCGCAGGGCCCAGAGCCGAAGGGCGGCGUCGCCACGCGCAAGGCGAGCAGCGACGCGAAGGCCGUCGGGGCCAAGGGCCGCCGCAGCGCCCCGCAAAGGCCCCCGCCGGUGCCCGAAAAGCUCAGGAAGCUCGCGGACAAAUCGCGGCCC